UAUAAUCCUACAUUAACAUAUUGAGAGAAAGAAUGUCUACUUAUAGCAAUGAGAAUUUCCAAUCCAGUUGAAUUAAACAAAACACUCUCUUGUAGUCUUUAAGGAGGGGAAAAGAAAGCUUAAAACUACAAUUCCGUGAUCAGCUGCAAAAGGAAUGGAAAACGAAGCUGAAAUUCUACAGAACAAAAGUAGAAAAAAAGAGAAUUUGCUAGGUGAAGCAUAUGCAGUAUCAGACAAACCGAUCAUGGAGGCAGACAACAAAGUCCAUCCAGUACCUGAGGUUGAAAGAACUUCAGAGGUUGAAAAUGUUAAGGAUCCCAUUCAAGGUAACAACGGAAAAACUGAGGGUGAAAAUAUUUUUGAAUCACCCUCAGUUGCCAAGGCUGUUGAAGAAAUUAGCAGUUCAAUGGAAGUCCAUGUGUCAGUCGAUACACCAAACAAGUCAGGCGAAGAGAUGUCAGGGAUUUCAUUCCACCUUGGGGAGAAAACAGAAGACCAAAAAGUAGAAAUCAGCUCAAAUGAAAAUAUUUGUUCAAACGGAUACACACAAAAUGUAAAAGAAUCAGCAACUAGCUCGGACAAGGAUGAGGGAUGCAUGACACAAGAAAAACCCAACGGAGAUUUGACAAAGACAAUCUCUAGUCAGAUUGUACACAUGCUAAACUAUAAAGAGAGUUCCAUAGGACAUUUACGAGAGGAUACAACAGAAAAAGAAAAAGUUUGUCAUGAAGAUGACAGCACAGAGCAUGUACCUGAUACCGACAAGGGAAGAGACUCAUGUGAAACAAUCUUUGAAGGAAAAGAAGAAAAAGAGACUAUGUCAUCCAUUUUAGAAAGAACAGAAGGGACAAACGCUGAAGCAAUCAAAUCACCUGGUGACACGAAGGAUGAGAAAGCACUCAAAGAUGAGAAUGACUACAAUGAUGAUAGAAGUAUUUUCAUCUCCCCCCAAACAGAGUGCCAAACAGGAGAGGAUGAGAAAAAAGAGACAGGAGAUGGAGAGGGUGCUAGGAAUCUGCUUGUUAACCCAUUUGUUAAUGUUGUAGAAGAAACCAGGUUAGAUGAUGCUGAAUCAGAUACGAGCAGGAAACAUGGGGACAACUCAAUUGAGAAUGGAAACCAAGAAGCACAUCAGUUUAAUGAAAUAAUAAUAAAUACAACAUCCAAGGACAUUGAUGAUAUUCAGAGCUCAGACAUAUUGAUAUCUUCGUUUACAGAAGAAAGAGAGGACAUAGCCCCCAAAGAAGAUACCAAUUCUGCUCCAUUAAGAGACGUCAUCGGAACUGUCUCAGAGAAUGAUGCCAACACGAGCCAGCAUGAAGAAGAAAACCAAACCAAGAUGUUUGAGAAUGCUGCUAUAAUUGAUCGCAGAGCAAGUAAAGCAAAUGAGUCUGAAAAAAAACAUGUCCAAAUUGUUGAUUCACAGGUAGCCUGCGAGGAAAAUAUGCAAAGGAAAACUGACCAGCUGGACAUGCCAGAAGGCUCAAAAAGAGAAAGUAGAGAUGACGAAGCAUCAGAAAUUGCAGCAGAAGGGCAGGAAAUUGCUGAAAUUCCAAAAGAUAACAAGUCAAAUGACAUCUUUUUGGAAAAUGAAGUGGAAAAGAAUCUCACUGAACUUUUGCUUGUCACUGGUGACGAGAUUGGAAACUCAUCUUUCGGGGAACUUAUAGAGACAACAUCCGACCAUAAGCUUGAUACAGCCACCAGUUCAGAAGAUAUCCAUGGUGGUUUGAAGGGAAAAUGCAACAUGGAUGACAAUAAGGAAGAGGUAACUCUCCUGGAAAAGAAUAUGCCAGUUGUAGACUCGAACGACAAGACAAACAAUGAAAUUUCAUGCAAUACCAAUCAUGAGGCUGUUGACUAUCCAGAAGUUGAGGGAAAACCUGAAGAACCAGCAGUUGAAGAAAAACAUGAAGAACCAACUGUUGAAGAGAAACCUAGAGAACUAGCGGUUACGGAGAAACAUGAAGAACCAGCGAUUGAGGAAAAACCUGAAAAACCAGCUGUGGAAGAAAAACUUGAAGAACCAGAGGUCGAGGAGAAACAUGAAAAACCAGCAGCUGAAGAGAAACCUAAAGAACUAGUAGUUGAAGAAAAAGCUGAAGAACCAACACGGGAAGAAACACCGGAAGAACUAGAAUUUGAAGAGAAACCUGAAGAACCAACUGUUGAAGAAACACCUGAACAAUUAGCAGUUGAAGAGAAAUCUGAAAAACCAGUGGUUAAAGAGGAGAAAUCUGAAAAGGUAACUCUCUUGGAAAAGAAUAUGUCAGUUGUAGAUUUCAAUGACAAGACUAACAGUGAAAUUCCAUGCAAUACCAACAAUGAUGUUGCCGACUAUGUAUCAGUUGAGGCAAACCUUGAAGAACCAGUAGUUGAAGAAAAACCUGAAGAACCAACGGUUGAGAAGAAACCUGAAGAACCAGCUGUUGAAGAGAAAUCUGAAAAACCAUCAAUUGAGGAGAAACGUGAAGCACCAGCAUUUGAGAAGAAACCUGAAGAACCAACAAUUGAGGAGAAACAUGAAGAACAAACAAUUGAAGAGGAGAAACCUGAAAGGGUAACUCUCCUGGAAAAGAGUAUGCCAGUUGUAGUCUCGAACGACAAAACUGACAGUAAAAUUCCAAGCAUUACCAACAAUAAUGAUGCUCGCUUUUCAGAAGUUGAGGAAAACCCUGAAGAACCUGAAGUUAAAGAAAAACCUGAAGAACCAACAGUUGAGGAGAAACCAGAAGAACCAACAGCUGAAGAGAAACCUGAAGAACCAGCAACUAAAGAAAAACAAGUGCAGAUAGGGGAGGAAACAGCUGAAGAACUACCGCUUGAAGAGAAACCUGAAGAACUAACGAUUGAACAGACAGAUGAAAAACUAGUUGUUGAAAAUAAAACUGAAAAACCAGCAAAUAAAGAGGAGAAACCUGAAACGAAUUUGCCUAUUGCAGACUCAAAGGACAAGACUGACAUUGCAAUUCCAUGCGAUACCAGCAAUGAUAUUGCUGACUAUGCAACAGUUGAGGAAAAACCUGAAGAACCAGUAGUUGAAGAAAAACAUGAAGAACCUGCAAUUGAAAAGAAAUUUGAAGAACCAGCAGUUAUGGAGAAACCUGAAGAACCAGCGGCAAAGGUAAAACCUGAAGAACCAGCAGGGAAAGAAAAACCUGAAGAGCCAACGGCUGGGGAAAAACCUGAAGAACCAGCAGGGAAAGAAAAACCUGAAGAGCCAACGGCUGGGGAAAAACCUGAAGAACCAGCAGCAAAUGAGGAACCUGAAAAAUCAGCGAUGAAAGAGAAACCUGAAGAACCAAUUGUUGAGGAGAAACUUGAAGAACCAACUGUUGAAGAGAAACCUGAAAAACCACUGAUUGAAGAAACACCUGAAGAACCAACAUGGGAAGAAACACCUAAAGAACUAGCAUUUGAAGAGAAACCAGAAGAACCAGCAGUUGAAGAGGAGAAACCUGAAAAGGUAACUCUUAUGGAAGAGAAUAUGCCAGCUGUAGAUUUCAACGACAAGACUGACCGUGAAAUUCAAUGCAAUAACAAUGAUGUUGCUGAAUAUGUAGCAGUUGAGGAAAACCUUGAACCAGCAGUUGAAGAAAAACAUGAAGAACCAACAGUUGAGGAGAAACCUGAAGAACUAGCAGUUGAAGAGAAACCCGAAAAACCAACAAUUGAGGAGAAACCUGAAGAACUAGCAGUUGAAGAGAAACCCGAAAAACCAACAAUUGAGGAGAAACAUGAAGAACCAAUAGUUGAGAAGAAACCUGAAGAAUCAAUAAUUGAAAAGGAGAAAUCUGAAAGGGUAACUUUCCUAGAAAAGAGUAUGCUAGUUGUAGACUCGAACGACAAGACUGACAGUGAACUUCCAUGCAAUACCAACAACGAUGCUGCCCACUUUCCAGAAGUUGAGGGAAACCCCGAAGAACCAGCAAUUGAAGGAAAAUCUAAAGAACUUGUUGAUGAAGAGACACCUGAUGUACCAGUGGUUGAGAAACCUGAAAAACAAAUGGUUGAGGAGAAACUUGAAGAACCAAUGAUUGAGGAGAAAUCUGACGAACUAGUCGAGGAGAAAUCUCAACAACCAGCGGCUGAAAAGAAACCUGAAGAACCAGCAGCUAAAGAAUCACCUAAAGAGGUAGCAGGGGAGGAAACAUCUGAAGAACUAGCACUUGAAGAGAAACUUAAAGAACCAACAGUUGAAGAGAUACCUAAAGAACUAGUUCUUGAAGAUAAACCUGGAAACCCAGAAAAUGAAGAGGAUAAACUUGAAACAGUAACUCUCCAGGAAAAGAAUUUACCAAUUGCAGACUCAAAGGACAAGACUGACAAUGCAACUCCCUACAACAACAAUGAUAUUGCUGACUAUGUAGCAGUUAAGGAAAAAACUGAAGAACCAGUAGUUGAGGAAAAACAUGAAGAACCGGCAAUUGAAGAGAAAUCUGAAGAAUCAGCAUUAAUGAAAAAAACUGAAGAACCAGCGGUUGAGGUAAAACCUGAAGAACCGUCAGUGGAAAAGAAGCCUGAAGAACCAGCGGUUAGGAAAAAACCUGAAGAACCAGCAGUUAAUGAGGAACCUGAAAAAUCAGCAACGGAAGAGAAACCUGAAGAACCAAUUGUUGAGGAGAAACUUGAAGAACCAACUCUUGAAGAGAAACCUGGAAAAUCAGUAAUUGAAGAAACACCUGAAGAACCAACACUGGAAGUAACACCUAAAGAACAAGCGUUUAAAGAGAAACCAGAAGAACCAGCAGUUGAAGAGGAAAAAUCUGACAAGGUAACUCUUUUGGAAAAGAAUAUACCAGUUGUAGAUUUCAAUGAUAAGACUGACAGUGUAAUUCCAUGCAAUACCAACGACGAUGUUGCUGAAUACGUAGCAGUUGAGGAAAACCUUGAAGAACCAACAGUUGAGGAGAAACCUGAAGAAUUAGCGGUUGAAGAGAAACCUGAAAAACCAGCAAUUGAGGAGAAAAGUGAAGAACCAAUAAUUGAGAAGAAACCUAAAGAACCAGCAGUUGAGGAGAAACCUGAAGAACAAACCGUUGAAGAGAAACUUGAAGAACCAACAAUUGAAGAUGAGAAACUUGAAAGGGUAACUCUCCUAGAAAAGAAUAUGCCAGUUGUAGACUCGAACGACAAGACUGACUGUGAAAUUCCAUGCAACACCAACAAUGAUGUUGCUUACUAUCCAGCAGUUGAGGAAAAUCUUGAAAAAACAACAAUUGAGGAAACAACUGAUGAACCAGUGGUUGAAGAGAAACCUGAUGCACAAGCGAUUAAGGAGAAACCUGAAGUACCAACGAUUGAGCAGAAACUUGAAGAGUUAGCAGGAGAGGAAACCCAUGAAGAACUAGCAGUUGAAGAGAAGCUAGAAGAACCAAUUACUGAAGAGACACCUGCAGAACUAGUUAUUGAAGAGAAACAUGAAAACCCAACAAUUGAAGAGGAGAAACCUGAAACAGAAGCUCUCCUAAAGAAGAAUAUGCCAAUUGUAGACUCAAAGGACAAGAUUGACGUUGAAAGUCCAGGCAAUAACAACAAUGAUGGUGCUGACUAUCCAGCAGUUGAAGAUAAACCUGAAGAACUAACAGUUGAAGAAAAACAUGAAGAACAAGCAAUUGAAGAGAAACCUGAAGAACCAGUGGCCACAGAGAAACCUGAAGAACCAGCGAUUAAGGAAAAAGCUGAUGAACCAGCAGUGCAAGAGAAACCUGAAGAACCAGCUGUGGAAAAGAAACCUGAAGAACCAGCAGUCGAGGAGAAACUUGACGAACCACCAGUUGAAGAGAAAUCAGAAGAACCAGUAGUUGAACAAACACCUGCAGGACCAGCAUGGGAAGAAACAUCUAAAGAACUAGCAUUUGAAGAGAAACCUGAAGAACCAGCAGUUGAAAAAACACCUGAAGAACUAGCAGUUGGAAAGAACCCUGAAAAAACAGCAGUCGGAGAGAAACAUGAAAAAGUAACUCUCUUGGAAAAGAAUAUACCAAUUAUAGAGUUAAACGAGAAGAAUAACAGUGCAACUCCAUGCAAUACCAACAAUGAUGUUGCUGACUAUCCAGCAGUUGAGGAAAAACCUGAAGAACCAGCGAUUGAGAAAAAACCUGAAGAACCAAUGGCUAAGGAGAAACUUGAAGAACCAAUUGUUGAGGAUAAACCUGAAAAAUCAGUGAUAGAGGAGAAAUCUGAAAAACUAGCAACUGAAGAAACACUUGGAGAGCAAGCAGGGGAGGAAACACCUGAAGCACUAGCAGUUGAAGAGAAACCUGACAAAUCAACAGUUGAAGAGACAGUUGAAGAACUAGCUAUUGAACAGAAACCUAAAAAAACAGCAGUUGAAAAAGAGAAACCUGAAGCCGUAACUCUCCUGGAAAAGAAUAUGCCAGUUGUAGAUUCAAAGGACAAGAUUAACAGUGAAAUUCCAUGCAAUGCCAACAAUGAUGUUUUUGACUAUCCAGCAGUUGAGGCAAAACCUGAAGAACUAGCAAUUGAAAAAAAAUAUGAAGAACCAGUAGUUAUAUUGGAGAAACCUGCAGAACUAGCAGUUGAGGAGACACCUGAAAAAUCAGUAGUUGAAGAGAAGCCUGAAAAACCAGCAGCACGGGAAGAAGCACUUGAAGAACCAGCAUGGGAAGAAACACCUGAAGAACCAACAGUUGAAGAGAAACUUGAUAAACCAGCAACUGAAAAAGAGAAACCUGAAAAGGUAACUUUCCGCGAAAAGAAUAUGCCUGUUGUAGACUCAAAUGGUAAGACUGGCAGUAAAAUUACAUGCACUACCAAAAAAGAUGUUGCUGAUAAUCCAGCAGUUGAGGAUGAAGAACCAGCAGUUGAGGAUAAACCUGAUGAACCAACAGUUGAAGAAAAACCUGAAGAACCAGCAAUUGAAGGAAAACUUGAGAAACUGGCAGUUGAAGAUAAACUUGAGGAACCAGCUUUUGAACAGAACCCUGAGGAAACAGCAGUUGAACAGAACCCCGAGGAACCGCCAGUUGAAGAAAAACCUGAGGUACCAGUAGUUGACGAAAAAGCUGAAGAACUAGUGGUUGAAGAGAAACUUGAAGAACCAUCAGUUAAAGAAAAGCCGGAAGAACAAAGCAGGGAAGAAACCGAAGCUCCCAUAAAAGAGGCAAAGCAUAACCAGAAUGCAAAUGAAGCAAGCAGCAGUCUGCCAACAGCUAUGCUAAGCCAUCCGCCUGCUCAAGGGACAACAAUGACCAACCCAAUAUUGGGAGAACCAAUUAGUAUUGACGAACCUAAAAAUGUGCAACAGCUAGAUUCUCAAGAAAUAUCAGAAAUCGAUGAUGCAAUGCAGAGAGAUGAAGAUAACAUAAAGCAGAAGGAUGAGGCUUCUUUCACUGAAGAACAGAAGUUUACACCACAGAGUUAUGACAAUCAAAAUACUUCGACAGGGGAUAGUUUCUUAAAUAAGAACAUGUUCGCUGAAGGUGAAGCUGUGCACAUUAAUAGUCAAGAGGAUCUAAUCAGGCAAGAAACUUCAGGAAGCACAAAAUCUGAGAUAAAUCCAAAUUCAAGUAAAGGAACAGAAAAUGAGGUAAAUGACCAUCCAGAAGGACCAGAAGUACCAAAACAAACUGAUGAAACGGAAAAAUGUAUAGUACAGAAGCAAGAAGAUUCCGUUCGCAACCAGGACGAACUGGCUGUUGAAGAAAAAAUGAGAUCUUGUGAAGAGGUUGAAACAAAGAACUUUCAACAAGCUAAUUUAAUCAGAGAUGAAGCUUUAUUGAAAGAUGAGCAUGGAGUCGAGAACUUCGUGAAUAUGCCGGUUGUAGACUCGAACGACAAGACUGACAGUGAAAUUUCAUGCAAUACCGACAAUGAUGUUGCUGACCAUCCGGCAGUUGCAGAAAAACCCGAUGAUUCAGCAGUUGAAGAGAAACCCGAGGAAUGGAUAGUUGAAGAGAAACUGGAAGAAACAGCCGUUAAGGAGAAAGCCGAAGAACCAAAAGUUGAGGAGAAACUCGAAGAACCAGCAAUUGAGGAGAAACCUGACAAACCAGCGGUUGAAGGGACACCUGAAGAACCUGCAGUGAAAGAAACACCUGAACAACCAACGUUUGAAGAGAAACCUCAAGAACCAGCAAUUCAGGAGAAACCUGAAGAACCAACAGUUGAAAAGAAACCUGAAGAACCAACAAUUGAUGAAGAACUUGAAGAACCAACAGUUGCGGAGAAACCCGAAGAACCAGCAGUUAAAGAAAAACAUGUAGAACCAGCAAUUGAAGAAAAACGUGAGGAACCACAAGUUGAAGAAAAACAUGAGGAACCAGCAGUUGAAGAAAAAACUGAAGAACCAGCAGUUGAAGAAAAACCUAAAGAACCAAAAGUUGAGGAGAAACCUAAAGAACCAGCGGCUGAGGAGAAACCCGAAGAACCAGCAGUGAAAGAAACACCUGAAGAACCAGCGGUUAAAGAGACACCUGAGGAACUAGCAGUUGAAGAGAAACCUGAAGAACCAGCAAUUGAAGAGAAACCUGAAGAACCAGUAGCUGACAAAAAACUUGAGCAACCAACAAUUGAGGAGAAACCUGAAGAAUCAAUAGUUGAAAAGACUGAAGAACCAGCAGUUGAUGAAAAAGGUGAAGAACCGUCAGUUGAAGAAAUACCUGAGGAGUCGGCAGUUGAAAAUUUUGAAGAAGCAGCAGUAGAAGAGAAACCUGAAGAACCAGCAGUUAAGGAAAAAACUGAAGAACCACCCAUUGAAGAAAAACCCGAGGACCAAGCAGUUGAAGAGAAACCUAAAGAACUAACAGUUGAAGAGAAACUUGAAGAACCAAUAAUUGAAGAGAAACCUAAAGAACCACCAGUUGGAGAAGAACCCAAAGAACAAAACAGGGAAGAUACUGAAGCUGCCACAGAAAGAAUUGAUGAAUCUGGAACACAUAUAGUAGAGAAAGAAGAAGCUUUGAUAGGAAAACAGACAGAAUUGUUUGUCGAAGAAACAACGAAACUUUGCAAAGAAGUUGAAACUGAGAUAAAAGAACUUAAAGAUGUCAAUGCUGGUGAUGGGACAAAUAAGAAUGUCCUAGGAAAAGAAGAAACAACUCUAGAUGAGCUUCUAACAUCAGCCAAAGAAGAGAUGGCAGCAAAUAACUUUGAAGAAGGCAAAGUGGUUUCAGAAACCCCCAAUCAAGAGAACACUCGGCAAGCCAAUCUGACAACAGAAGUGGUUAAAGACACGCGUGGAGCAGAGAACUUCAUUGCACUUUCUUCAGAAGAAAAGAGGGUGGAGGACUCUACUGAAAAGAACUUUCAGCAAGACAAUCUAACCACAGAAGAGGUUAAAGACACAAGUGGAGCAGAGAACUUAAUUGCACUUUCUUCAGAAGAAAAGAGGGUGGAGGACUCUACAGAAAAGGUUGAAAGCUUUGAUAUCGGAUUCCAAAAUCAUAAUAAGGACAACACAGCUGCAGCAGAUAAGCUUGAGCUACAAAGCAGAGAAACAGAUAUUGGCCAUAUGCUCGAUACUCCGGUAGAAAAAGGAAGAAACGAUGAAAAGAUAUCUGAAUCCACAGAAGAACUUAUCCAUCAGACAGCUGAGAUUUGUGAAGAUAACGAAGCAGCAGUAGUUACGGACACCAAUACGUUACAAAGCUGUGCAGAUCCACAGGAACAACUGAAGCAUCAGUUAGCUGAGGUAUGUGAAGAGAAACAGGCAGUAGGAAAAGCAGACACCAAUUCUUUACAAAGGUCUGCAGACCAUGAGAAGCCUUACAGUGCACCUGCUCAGGAGAUCAUUGACAAAUCAGAAACAGAGGAUGUUUCCUGUGCGGAUUGCAUUGAAGAAGAAAAUAGCAUCAGCACCAAACAGGAGAAGUUAAAACAGGAAGAAAAUCCAGAAGUGAAGACAGAUGAAAAUUUUGACAAGAGAGAGGAAAACCAAAGCAUAAUGAUGUCAGAAGGAGCUGAAAUGGAUGAUUACAAGCAGCAUAUAAAGUACAACACAUGUGCAGUCAUGAAUACAGAAGAGCAUAAUGAAGAUUCACCUGCUGGAAAACAAACAUCCGAAAAGCUAGAAGAACUGGGAAAAAUUAAUAUCAAUGACAACAACAACGUUAAUCAUGGAAGUACUGAGAUAGACCUCCCAGAAGAGGCUAAGGAAUCAAAGGGCGAAUGUGUUAUUAUGGAAAUCAAGACUCCAAUUAAAGAGGAGGAACAAGAAGAUUUAAGAGAGAGCACUGGCAAAGAUUCCUCAAGCAACAACACAACACAUGUGCAACAAGAGAAGGGAACAACAAUAAGUGAACCUGAAAGAGGAACUUUGAAACCUUUUGGAUCAGAACAAAAAACAGCUGCAGGUCUUGAAGAGAUGAUAACAAGCAAUAGAACAAAAGAAACAGAGAAAGAAGAAGUAAAGACUGAAAAUGUUCCAAGUGCCCAAGUAGGAUGUGAACAAGAGGGAAAAACAAGGGAUGAAUGGGAAGAAAUAACAGAACAUUUCACAUCAUUGGAAUCCGUUAAGGUUUCCGAAAAGGAGAUAGCAACGGAUAACAUGGCGAGCAAUGAAAUCAAUGUAACUAAGCAGAUACAAGAGCAAGCAGCAUAUCCUUUACUUGCAUUGGAGAGGGUGGAAACUGAUUCAACAGGCAGCACGGAUGUCUAUGGCAUGCCCAAAGACAGCAUUACCCCACUAGUGCAACUGGGUGCAAUGGCCAAAAGUAUCCAGCACAUGCAGGAAAAAUGCAAAACUUCAGAGACAGAAGAGGAUCAGGAAAAUUACAAAAACGAGAAACGAGUGGAAUGUGAUUUAAAAGAAGCCCCAGAGGAAUCCAGAUCAAGAGAGACACAAGCUAAGGCCGCACUUCCUGACCUUCUGCAUGAAUCAGUAAAAGCGACAUCAAAAAUGGAAGAAAGUUUUGCUGAAGAAAAAGCAGUAAUGAUCAAUAAAGAAGACCUGCAGGCACACAAAACUGAAGAAUCUGAAGAUGAAGAAGAAAUAACUGAUAAGGAAAAAGACAAUGACAAAGAUGAGGAAGGAAGUCAACAAACAAGAGAAGAGUCAUGUUCUGAAGGUCCAGUCAUUGUAGAAGUCUCGAGAGAUGCUGAUAUCAGAGUUCCUCACAAGAAACAUCAGAAUAUAUUGUCAGGAGUUGGAUCAAAAGUCAAGCACUCAAUUGCAAAGGUGAAGAAAGCCAUCACUGGUAAGUCCUCUCAGAGCAAGCCACCAUCACCCAAAUAAGACGGAAAAAGAUGAUCAUGACUUUACAUAAUACAAAGUCAUAAGUUCUCGAGAAUAGUAAGUGAAAAGAUUUUCAGCAAUUCAAGUUCUCAAUAAUGUACAAAAGUUUGUCCAUGUGAAAUCUUAUUGUAUUAUGAAUUCUUUAAUUAUCAAAUACAUAGUGGCAACUUCUCAAUGUCAA